AUGAAUUAUUAAGACUCAAGAAGAGUGAUUAAUCCUAUUUAUUAAGAUUAACCUAAGUAAGUAAGACCUAGAUCUAUAUCAAAUACAACAAAGUUAUUAGUAUGGGAUACUUAAUAACCAAAUUCAAAAAUAGAUAUUGCAACACAUUGUUAAACUACUAAUUGUGAAGUAAAACAUAAUAAACAGAAUUAAAAGAAUGGCUCUAUGGCUUUAGGUGGAGAUAAAUUCUCGAAAAAUAUCAAUUAAAGACCUAACUAUGAUUUUAAUGAAAUAAUCAAAAAUUAAUAUGCAGCACAUUCUACAAAAGAAAAACUAAUAAAUCCUAUUAAACUAAUUCUUUAGGAUGAAAAUCAAUUGUAUUCAUCAAAAGAAACAAAAUCAUAGGAAAGAUAGUCUAUCAAAUAAAUAAAUUUUUCAAAAGGAGAAAAAGAAAAUUAAAUCAAAAAUUAAUAAGAAUUAAUUAGAUUAAAUAAAACAGAGAAUGUUUAGAGAUAGGUAAAAGUCUAAAAUGAAGACAAUAAAUAACAUAUUUCUGAAUUAAAAAGAAGAAUGAUGAAUCAAUCUUAAAAAUCAAAGAGUCCUUCUUUAAAUAAUCAAUCUAAACCAUGUAAUUAAAUGGAAGAUAAAAAUAUUGCUAUAAUUUCUAUGUAAUUGAAAGACAUAAAAGAUAAUAUAUAAAAAUAAGAAAUAAAAUAAUUAUGUGAAAAUAUUGGCUAUCAUAUGGUUAAAUUUGAUAAAGAAUAUGAUAAAAUAAAUCACAGAUAAAAUGGAUAAGGUUCAAUAUAAAUUAGAGGUAUUAAUACAGAUUAGAAACUUGCUAUUUUUUAAAGAUCUUUAAGUAAAAAGGGAAUUAAUAUUGGGGAAUAAAAUUAAAAAUUAAAAGAUUUUGUUUCAAACAAAUAUCUUCUUAAAACCAAGGAGCAUUCUUAUACUGAUAAUUAAUAAUCACAAAAUUAAGAAGAAAAAUUAUUAAAUAAUUUUAGAAAGUUCUAAAGCAGAUAAAAAGGAUUAUUUGUGUGA